AAUGCACAAAAUAUAAGUCUAUUGUGAUGAAAGGUCUCUGUGCUGCUGUGUGUCUGUGUGUAAAUGCGAUAGGGUUGUUUAAUACUGGGGGGAGACAGUUUCCCUUUAAGAGCUGAGUGUUUGUUUUUAUGGUUCUGCUGAGCAGGUACUGGCUGGAAUGCAGAAAGAUAACCCAACCCACACAGUGCCAGGACCUGCCCCAUUUGUACUGAGCUUGUAGAGAGGCUGAGCCAGUGAUACCCCAGGAGGGACUCACAGCCCAGACAAUCUAAAGAGAAGCUCAGACACUGAUACUGCAGGAGGGCAGCAGGAGGAACUCAAUAUAAGGAGAGACUGAGCAAGUGAUACCCCAGGAGGGCAGCAGGAGGGACACUGAUACUGCAGGAGGAGAUAUAGGCACACAGGUCACUAUAUUGGAAUAUAGAGGAGAAUCAUGACCCAGAGAUCUGUAUCAAUCUCCCAUCAGGGACCCACCUAUGAUGUGUGUGUGGUUGGACAAGAGCUGACACUCGAUAUUUACAGGGUCUGUGACCCCCAGGCAACCACAAAUCCGCCUACAUCUGAGACUAUAAUUAUCUCAAUUUCCUAGACUGCAGCCUGGUUGCUAGGGGACGUUCCUGCGGGGGCUGAAUAUUUUGAGGUUCUGGGAACCCCCCCAAUAGAUGUGAUGCUCAUCUGCCCCCCAGACCCAGCACAAAAGCCCCAGAAAGGAGUUAAACUGCCCCUGAGCCAGAGAAUCGGGAUUGUGAUUUCCUGCAGGAGGGUCAGCGGGGCCCUGAAUGACACAAAGGUCAGAGUCUCUUAUUAUGGAAAGAAAGGGAAUUCCCUGGGAAGUGUCCGGCUCUAUCUCACCUGUGUCCGUGUCUCUUUGGAUGUGGAUGUGAAGCGCAGCAGAGCAGUCACUCGGGGAGUAAAGGAUAAGGGGUCGUGGAGUUGGGGGUCGUAUGGGACAGGGGCAAUUCUGCUUGUUAACUGUGACCGAGACAGAGCAGCCCCUAAUGGAACUGACAGUGAGGAUAUGGGGGCGCCCAACGCUGCAGAUAUAACAGACAUGUCUCCUAUGGUCCUGACAGCUGAGGGCCCCAAGGGGAUAUUUGAGGGCCACCAACUGAUUCUGUCCAUUUCACCUUCCCAUGCAACAAAAAUGCGGGUCUAUUGCAAACGAAAGUCCGAUUAUCUCCUCGUCUUGGGAGGAACCAACAUUUCCCAUGAGGUGGAGAGGGGGAACAAUCAGGAGGUGAAAUUCUGUGUUGAAGGUCUGGAGUUCCCGGAUGUCGACUUCUCUGGACUUGUCCAUAUAAAUCUCUCAUUCCAGAGAUCUUCUGAUUUAACUGAAUUAUUUGCUGAUAAAGUGACUUUCAGGCUGACGCCGUGGAUAAUGACCCCCAACACCCAGAAACCCCUGGAGGUCUAUGUCUGCAGUGUGCAGGGCAAUAAGAAAUUCCUAAAGGAGCUGAAGGAAUUGGUGCAAAAGGCCAAGUGCAAACUGAAUAUCUGCCCCGAAGUGGAAAAUAGGGGAGACAGGUGGAUCCAGGAUGAGAUGGAGUUCGGGUACAUUGAGGCUCCGCACAAGCGAUUCCCGGUGGUGUUGGACUCCCCGCGGGACAGGGAACUGGAUUUCCUCCCUUUCAAAAAGAUUCUGGGGCCAGAUUUUGGGUACGUGAAGAGGAAGGUGGAACAAGAAGAAGAAGUCAAUGACUUGGACUCCUUUGGAAACCUGGAAGUGAGCCCCCCCGUGGCCGUGAGAGGGAAGAAUUAUCCUCUGGGAAGGAUCCUGAUUGGAAGCCAAUUGCCCCAAGACAUCGAACCUUUCAGCUCGGAGCCAAAUCCAAUCCAACCUCGCAGGAUGAAUAAGGUGGUGCGGGAUUUCCUCGCGGCUCAGCUAGUGCAGUCUCCGGUCGAGCUCUACUCUGAUUGGUUGAUGGUGGGACACAUAGAUGAAUUCAUGACAUUUGUACCUGCCUGCGACAAAAAGGGAUUCCGGCUGCUUCUGGCAAGUCCUAGAAUGUGUCUGGAUCUUUUCCGGGAGAAGCAGAAGGAAGGAUACGGAGAGGCAAUCAUGUUUGAAGGAUUAAAAACAGAGCCUUUCACCAUCGAGAAGAUUCUCUCAAAUGAGAAGUUACUAAGGGAUUCGACCUACACACAGGGCUGCAUUGAUCUGAACAGAGAGAUCCUGAAGGAAGAACUGGGACUCUCCGAGGAAGACAUCACAGACAUUCCUGUUCUCUAUAAGCUCCUUCCAUAUUUCAAUAAAGCUGAAGCCUUUUACCCCAACAUGGUGAACCUGUUGGUACUGGGGCAGUUCCUGGGAAUUCCCAAGCCAUUCGGACCCAAGAUUGAUGGGAAGUGCUGUUUGGAGCAGAAGGUUUGCUCUUUGCUGGAACCUCUGGGAUUGGACUGCACCUUCAUUGAUGACUUUGGACCCUACCACCAGAACGCGGGGGACGUGCACUGUGGCACCAAUGUGAUCAGGAAGCCUUUCUCUGACAAAUGGUGGAACUGCCUCCCUUAGAGGCCCCUCAUUGGCCUUUCUCUGGGGCAGGUGGGCUGUACCAACAAGGUUAGGGUGGGGAACAAACAGGUGCUACUCGUAUUCUCAGCAAUAAAUUCCAACAUUCUACCUCUGACCAGUUGCCCGAGGAAAGUAGGAGAUUCAUCUGCACCAGAGACACAGACUAAACCUCAGAAUUUGGUGUGUCCAACCUGCUGCCCAACAACUCCCAGCACCCUCUAGAACCUAUAUUGUACCAUAUCUACAAAUUAAAGGGUAUGUCCAGCUGGGGUGCCCAUGAACUUUGGGCACUUACCAUAAAUUUCCCAUACACCUAUGCUUAAGAUCAUGUGACCAUACAUCGUCUGCGUUCCGACCAAUAGGGUAUCUGCUUUAUUCCAGUAUGACUAAUAGCGUUUUGCUGUUGGCCAAAAGUUGGCCUGUCUCUUUAAAUAGUCUUGAAGAUUCCAGAGUGUGAUGAAAUGACUUGAUGGAAAACUUCAAAUUGACCAACUGGUUUAAAGAUUAAAUAAAGGAGUGGAACCCUG